CCCGGCGAAGAAUUUAACUAAGUCACAGCGUAACUCUUUCUCUCUCUUCGGCGCUCUCUCUUGGUUUAUCUCUCUAGCUUCUUCUAUGGUGGGAACAAACCCUAAUUCAUUUCUCUUCCCUCCUUGGCGGGAUAAAAUUCUGAACUCAAUCGACACACUUUGUAUUUCAUGAAUCCUUUCAUGGAAUCGGAAAAGCUCUUAAUUUCACGAGGAAACCCUAGAACUUUAGCAUAUACAUCCGACCGCCCACUCCCCACCACCACCGGUAGGGCUAUGCCCAAUGAGUUGCCACAAAAGCCUUCCCCUUCAAUAGCUCACCGGUUUAGAGCUCAGCUAAAGCAGCGGGAUGACGAAUUCAGGGUUUCCGGCCUUGAUGUUGCGCCCCUUCCUACCACUGAGGAUAUCGUGCAGUUGUACGAGCUCAUGUUGUCGGAGCUCACUUUUAAUUCGAAGCCCAUCAUUACGGAUCUUACUGUUCUUGCUGAAGAGCAGAGAGAACAUGGGAAGGGCAUUGCCGACUUAAUUUGUUCGCGUAUUCUAGAGGUUCCGGUUGACCAAAAACUUCCUUCAUUAUAUCUGUUGGACAGCAUCGUUAAGAAUGUUGGGCACGAAUACAUCAAUUAUUUCUCGUCUCGUUUACCUGAGGUGUUUUGCGAGGCUUACAGGCAAGUUCAUCCUAAUUUGCACAAUGCAAUGCGUCACCUCUUUGGGACAUGGUCAACUGUGUUUCCACCUUCCAUCCUUCGGAAGAUCGAGGCUCGACUUUCUCAGCUAACAACACAAGAGACCUCAGCUUUGACAUCCUCGAGGGCUUCUGAAUCUCCUCGGCCAACUCAUGGCAUUCAUGUCAAUCCAAAAUACUUGCGUCAACUGGAACACUCAGUGGGGGAUAAACUUUUAGCUCUGCAGCAUAUCCCAGAAGCAAGAGGGGCCUCAACUCUAAAAGUUCAUGAUAAAAAACUUGCUCCCGGAUAUGAAGAGUAUGACUAUGAUCAUGCAGAUGGUCUUGAACAUGGUGGAUCUCAAGCGUUUAAUUCAAUGGGAAGCAUGAGCCAUGAUUCUUUUUCUCUUGGAACAAAUAAAGCAAAUAUAAAGCUAGCAAAAUCGUCUUUGUCUUCAAGGAUUGGACACAAUGGACCUCUACAAUCAGUUGGUGAUGAACUUGAAACGGUUAGAGCCUCACCAUCACAGAAUGUAUAUGAUUAUGAAGGUUUUAGAAUGAUUAAUAGGAAUGAGGAUACUAAUAAAUGGAGGAGAAAACAAUAUCCUGACGAUAAUAUUAAUGGACUUGAAAGUACUUCAUUUAAUAUUAGAAAUGGAUGUGCACUUGAGGGACCAAGAGCUUUAAUUGAAGCAUAUGGAAGCGACAAAGGAAAAGGUUAUUUAAAUGACAAUCCACCACAGGCUGAACAUUUUUCUAUGAAUGGUAUAGACAACAAGAUGACUCCAGUAACGUGGCAGAACACUGAAGAAGAAGAGUUUGAUUGGGAAGAUAUGAGCCCCACAUUAGCUGACAGAGGCAGAAGUAAUGAUAUGUCGAAGCCACCUGUCCCGCCUUCAAGAUUUAGGACAAGAUUAGGAUUUGACAGAUCAAAUGUUAUGUCUAUAGAGCCUGGAAUGAGAAACAAUUCGUCUCAUCAGGAUGUUUGGAGUAUGCACAGUCACCUUUCUCAGACAUCCCAGAACCUCGUAAGCACUAAAGGAACGGGAGGAAAUUUCCAGAUACCUUUAUUGGGGAGAGGCAUAGCUUCAUCUGGAGGUGAGAAGAUGUCUCCUUUUGUUGACAAGCUUCCGACCAAUGAUGCUUUACAUAGGCCUACCGUUGCUUCAAGAUUGGGUUCUUCUGCUCUUGACUCUAGCAUGGAGUCACAAUCAGUUGUACAGUCUAUGGGCCAAAGGCAUCCUGUGAAUCUUUCGGACUCUUGCCCACCCUCUAGGCCCCCUUUUCAUGUGCCAGGACACAAUAAGAGUCAGUUUGAGUCUUUAAAUGGUAGCAAUGCUUUCAUCAAUCGUGCAAAUAGGUCAUUUUUUCCUGAGCAGCAGAUGAAUAACGUGAGAAAUAAGGAGCUAAGUCAUACAACUAAGUCCCCACAAGUUGGUAAUCAACAUGGUGGGCGUAUUCUUUUGACUCAGGGAAAUCAAUUGCAGACCAUCCCUUUAAAACCACAAUUUCUACCAUCUCAGGACAUGCAUGAUAGUUUUAGUGCAUCAGCAGUACCUCCAGUGUUACCACAUUUAAUGGCUCCAUCUUUGAGUCAAGGAUACAGUUCUCAAGGACUUCGCCCUGGUAUUAGUGAGUGUUUGUCAAGUUCUGUCCCUAUUGGGCAAUGGAACUUGCCUGUUCAUAAUAGCCCCAGUAAUCCAUUGCAUUUACAAGGGCCGCUGCCACCCCUUCCAGCUGGGCCUCAUCCUACUAUCUCUCAAAAGGCAGGAUCCCUUGUUCCUGGCCAGCAACCUGGAACUGCAUUUUCUGGCCUGAUAAGUUCUCUCAUGGCCCAGGGUUUGAUCUCAUUGAACAAUAAAGCUCCUGUACAGGAUUCUGUUGGGGUAGAAUUCAAUCCAGAUGUACUCAAGGUGCGACAUGAUUCUGCAAUAACUGCUCUAUAUGCUGAUCUUCCUAGACAAUGCAUGACCUGUGGUCUUCGAUUCAAGACCCAGGAAGAGCAUAGUAAUCAUAUGGAUUGGCAUGUCACUAGAAAUCGUAUGUCAAAAAGUAGGAAACAAAAGCCUUCUCGAAAGUGGUUUGUAAGUACAAGCAUGUGGCUUAGCGGUGCAGAGGCUUUGGGAACAGAGGCAGUUCCAGGAUUUUUGCCUGCGGAGGUCAUUGUAGAGAAAAAGGAUGAUGAAGAACUGGCUGUGCCCGCCGAUGAGGAUCAGAAAACGUGUGCAUUAUGUGGAGAACCUUUUGAUGAUUUUUACAGUGAUGAAACAGAGGAGUGGAUGUAUAGGGGUGCUGUCUACAUGAAUGCACCUGAUGGACAAACAGCCGGCAUGGAUAGAUCUCAGUUAGGGCCCAUAGUGCAUGCUAAAUGCAGGACCGAAUCUAAUGUGGUUCCCUCAGAAAGUUUUGACCAAGAUGAACAAAGGGGAGUUAGUGAAGAAGGUAGUCAAAGAAAACGAUUGCGGAGCUAGCCUAGAUGGAUGUCUAUACUCUUGCUGUAGCUUAUACAAGUUUUUCCAAAUGAUCGCUUGUUCUCACAGUAGUAUAGCUAGAAUGACUUGGCUUAUGCUUGAAUCAUUGUAUAUUUUUAAAAUGGAAAAUUUCAUGCGCAAUAUGUAUAUUGCAAUCUAAAAGAGGCCAACCUUCAUCUUCUUUGCUGUGGAAUUUCCUUCAAGUCUUAGAUCUAAAUCCUCAUCUUUAAAGGGUUAGUAUUGUACGUUCGAAUUGAAUGCUUUAGUUCGGCAACAUCUUGUACGUUUUCCCCAUUGAAUGGGUUCGUGAAUCACGGCCAUUAAAUUGUGAUUCUUCAUGUAGAUCAAUAAUUUGAGUGGGAGUCCUACCUGCCCGUUACAUCUAUGCUAUGCUGUGUUUGACUUGACAUCUGCAGGGCGUUGAAUGGAGCUGCAGUUGCGGCUAUCAGAUCUUGCUCGAUGUUUAUUUCCAUUCAAAUGGAAGCCAAGAUACUCGCAAUGGACCAUGGACCACUCUUGUUUCUGGUUUUACUUCUUUUUUAAGUUUUUUCUUUUGGGGUGGGGGUUCAAAUUGUUAUGAAGUUUGGUUCAGAGUUUGUACUCCGACAAUUCUUGAACAAUACAGUAUGUUGAACUGUUUGAGUUACCAAUA